AUCACCAAAUGUCAUUUCCUUUUGUUGACCGUCAGUGUCCAUUAGUUGACCCAACCACUUGCCUCGUGUCACCUUCUAAUUGGUUCGUUUUUUAAAAAAAAUAUUUUAAAAAAAAUUAUUUUUUUAAAAAAAUAAAGAAUUAAAAAAACCAAAAAAAAAUAAAAAAAUAAAAAAAAAGAAGCGGAGGAGAUAGAAUGAGGAACAGCCGUCCUUCCUCCACAAUCUCCCCCUCCGGUCAGCCUCCUUUCUUCCCCCUCCACGAUUUCCAGCCCCCUUCCUCCACAAUCUCCGGCAGCCGUCACCUCACUCCGACCACCUUCUCAUUCCGUCGACCUUUACAUUUUCCUGCUCGCGUCUCUCUCUCUCAGUUCUCCAUUGUAGCGCUUCCCCCUCCACGAUUUCGAGCCCCCCUUCCUCCACAAUCUCCGGCAGCCGUCGCCUCACUCCGACCACCUUGUAUCCCCCAUUAAGCAGCUUCUGAGGUAAGUUGUUUCUUUUACCAUUUCCCAAAACUUAACCGACCCCAAACCCAGAUUUCUCAUCCCGAUUCGCCGCUUCUUCUGCUUCUGUCACUCCUCUGAAGUCGCCGGGGGAUUUUGGUAACGGUGCGGCGGAUAGAAAUUGGUUGGUGUCAAUUUGAAAUUGGAAAUCGGUCUUUGGGUGGAGUGGCUAGAAAUCGGAAAGGGAGAGGAAGGGUGAUUUCGGGGGUUUUGGGUUGCCAAUUUCAGGGGGUUUUAGGGAGGGGUUAAGGUGGUUUAGGGGAAGGGGAGGGUGGUUCGAGGUUGAGGUGGGUGUCGCUGGAUCUGGCGCGCGUUUUCAGGGGUAGUACGGCGCCGGCGAGAGGUGGUCACGGAGGGGAGCAGGGUGGCUGGUUUUAAUUUUGUGGUUUUUUUUUAUUUUUUUAAAUAUUUUUGGUUUAUUUUUUAAUUUUAAAAAUAAUUUUUUUUAAUACGGACCAAUCAGAAGGUUACACUUGGCAAGUGGUAGGUCAACUAACGGACACUAACGGUCAACUAACGGACAUUAACGGUCAAUUUACAGAAAUGACAUUUGGUGAUACUGUACUAAACCUCAGUGGCAUCUGGUGAAUUUUGAAAAACACAAUGGCAUUUGAUGAAUUUUCACUGAAAUUAACGUUUAUUUUAAUAUAGUGAGCUGGUCUAUUUAAGAAUUUGUACUUUCCCAUUCUACUUUAAUAUUGUAAAAAAUUAAAUUUUUCUCAUUGCACAAAUCUUCAAUCUUGGACAUUCAACUAUUAACAAAAAUUAUACAGAAAUAUAUUGAAGUUCACUCCACGAUCUCCAUUGAUAUUUCUAUCCUCCAUUGAAGCAGCUUCUCAGAACCCUUUAAUGUUAGGACGGAACUAUGAAAUUUGACCGUUUUUGUCAGUUCUCGAAGGCUGUAGGACGAGGCCUACUGGGCCUUCUUGCUGGGGCCUUGGUGUUUGCUCUUGAAGCUAUUAGCUUGGGUGCUCCAGUUGGCUCAAAGUAUAUGCUGAGCACAAUUAAAUGGUCUCUGCUGAUGUCAGCACUUACCUUCUUACCGGCUGCUGCUAUCUUCGGUGCAUCAUGGGUAGACUGGCAACGUAUAUUUGUUAAAACUAGGCCAACAGGAUUUGUUGAGUAUAUGGUUUGCCUUCCAGCACAUGGUGCUAUCUUUGGCUCCUGGUUUGGGGCCUGGCCAAUGCCACUUGAUUGGGAAAGGCCAUGGCAGGCUUUAGAUAUACGAGGCAGCUUAAUUUUAAAAGGACAGCUUAUGGUUAUGGGAUUAAAAGGCAUCUAGUGAUGUGAGAACUUACACGAUCACUGCUUAAUGAUACUCCGUAUGCUUUUGACAUUGACGUUUUGGAGGAAAAUGCUUUGGAAAAGAGGCAUGUUGACUAAGGAGUUAGAAAGAAAAGAGUGCUCUCUGGUACUUAAAAAGACUUAAUCUUGAAGAAGAGGAGCAUGUCAUAGAAUUCUUAUGUGAUGGAAAUUCCCAUAAAGGUAAAACCUUUGAUUGGAGCAGAUAUAGGAAAUCUACUACACUAAUGAGACUAUGAGAGUCCGAGUUGAUCUGUCUUCUGGAUUAUUGUGAUAUCUGUGAAUGUUGAAAGUUUGCUUGCUCCGUCUCAUUUUGUAGUGAUAUUAUAUAUGGUUAAUAUAACCAGCUCCGUCUCAUUUUGCUUGCUCCAUUUCCUUUUUGUGGUAUCCCCAUUUACUUGCCAUAUAUUCUUAAAAAAAAAUGUCAAUCUACUUUUCUCAUGAGUUGGGUCUCACAUUCAUCCACCCAAAUAUUUGUCUACUUUUUCUUGCAUAAAAUCCUUUGCAAUGGG